AUUUCAUUAUAAUUCAGUAGUCUAUAAAACAGGAGAAUCAUUCAGGUGUGUUUUUUUGUUUAAUGUGUUUAAAGUGAAAUUGUAAUGAGCUGAAAUGAAAAAACCAGGUCGUGUUUCCGUUCAUUUAUUUAGACAGGUUUUGGCAGCGAUAGCCACCAGCCUCCAUGGCUUGAGUGCGGGCAUUGUCUUUGGUCACAGUGCAGUUCUGCUGCCCCAGCUUAAAGAAGACCAUACCAUCGUCUAUGAUGCAAAAUAUGACUCUUGGAUCGCGUCCAUCACUGCGUUAUGUAUGGCCUUGGGCUGCAUCAUCGCAGGAUCCAUAAUAGACAGAUUCGGACGAAGAGUUGGCCUCAUCUUCCUGGCAAUCCCUUUCGUUUUCUCCUGGCUCCUCAUGGCCUUCUCUAAAAGUGUAAGCCUGUUAUUGAUAGGAAGAGCUAUAACUGGUAUAUGCUCCGGUGCUUUCAGACCAAUGUCUAUUGUCUACAUAAGCGAAGUGUCAGAUCCAAAACACAGAUCCAUGUUACUGGUUUCAACAUCACUAUCAUCAAAUAUAGGAGUUCUUAUAGCUCACUCUGUAGGAACAUAUUUAUAUUGGAAAACUGCUUCGAUUGUCUUCUGUGUACCUAAUUUGUUAGCUGUAGUUAUUCUCUUGUAUUUAAAAGAAAGCCCUUUAUGGUUAAUUUCAAAGGGAAAAACUAAUGAGGGCUCUAACAUUUUUUACUGGUUUAGAGAAAAAACUGAAGCAGCCAAUAAUGAAUUAAGUAUUGUAAUAAAUAAGCAAAAAAUAAAAUCUCAGGAUCUUAAUAUUAAAGAUACAUUUAAAGUAGUUUUUAGUAAAGCAUUCCUAGGGCCAUUUGCAAUAUGUUUUGUUAUUUUUGCUGAAGCUCAAUUUUGUGGCACAAAUGUUUUAAAUUUUUACGCUGCAGAUAUAAUAAAAAGUACAUUUUCUGAUAAUGUUGAUAAUUUCUCAAUAAUGAUGCUUGUUGACGCACUUAGGGUAGGUGGAACUGGGACAGUUUUUUGUACUGUAAAACAUGUUCCCAGACGGUUUCUAUAUUUAUUAUGUAGUAUUAUAACCACUGUCUGCAUAUUUUGCCUGGCAUCAUAUUUAUAUUUCGAAACUUCAAACUUACUGUGGUUUGGUUUAAUGUCUUUAGUUUUGUAUAUAUAUUUUUCUGUUACAUUAAUAAGUACUGGAUGGUCUUUCACUAGUGAAAUGUAUCCAAGUUCAGUACGAGGGUUAGGUUCGGCAGCAACAUCAAGUAUGUCAUUUCUGUUACUUUUUAUUAUUGUGAAAAUAGCUCCCGGAAUUAUCGAUACUUUUGGUAUAUCCGUAUUUUAUCUUAUGUGUGCAUCGAUAACUGCAGUUAGCACUGUGAUAUUGUACUUUGUGUUGCCAGAAACCAAUGGUAAAACGUUGCAAGAAAUUGAAGACAGUUUAAACAAACAAAAAGAACAAGAAAUAUCAAUAGACAGAGCAUCAUCAGAGCAAACUAAAAUCUAACAUUGUCAAUUCUUUGUACUUAGAAAUAAGACUGAUAGUGAGGGUUCUGUAUGAAUACUACUACUGUAAAAAAAUAAACUUAUCCAUUUAA